AUGAACUCAGCGAAACCCUCGCCGUCGUUGGCUACGUUCAGCUGCCCAGAACUGUGUCACAUCAUUGCCAAGUACCUCAACCAGACCGAUUUAUACCGAUGUCUCCUCGUCAACAAGACCUUCUCCAAGAACCUGCAUCCUUUCUUUUGGCGACAUAUCUCGUUUUCGGAUUGGGUCCCAUACUACUCGGAGUUUUAUUACCUUGACAAGAAGCAGAAGGAACUGGGCCAGUCUGGAGUGGAUGCUUCAGAGGACAAGACAUCGACUUCAGCAUCGUCAACAUCGCAGACACCGAAGCGAGAACGACAAGAACGGCCGGUUAUCAACCGCCGAAUCCCUAACCCAUGGGCGGCGACGGCGGAGCUACACGACAAUUCUGAAUUUUUCUUACCUCCUCAACCCUCCUUCGCCAGCCUCACCCUCCACGGUCACCUCGUCGAAAUCCUAACCCUCGAAUGGGACGAAGGACAAAAUUUCCUGCCACAACCCGAGACGUCCGAACCCGAAGAAGCCCCAGGCGUUACGCAGACAUGGAUAUAUAUCCGCCUCUUGCAGCAAUGCUCAAACAUCCGGGCGUUGAAGAUUAUGGGCAGGAAUACAGAGUUGCCGUGGGUCUGGCCCAAGGGGAUGUGUGGGAAUGGACUGGGGAUGGAGAUUCAUACGAAGAUACCUCAACUCCGUGUCCUGGACAUAUCAGCAUGCGAGUAUAUACAGAAUUAUCAGAUGGUCACUCUCCUCGACCGGUUCCCGGGCUUGCAGGUGGUCGACUUCCGAUGCCGCGAGUAUCUGACUGAGCUCUUUGCCGAUUCUGGAUUGCGUUUUGAUGGAUCGCACCAGAAGUCCGAACAGGCCAAGAAGUUUGCAGGGACAAAGGCAAUCACAACACUGUCGAUGUUGCUGAACUUGAGGAAACGAAGACGAAACAUGUAA